AAUAAGAAUAAUUUCUAUUUAGGACAGACCCCAACAUUAUGAUGUCAUUUUUGGUUCUUAAGUACAAAGCAUGAACAACAAUAGGGAAAGAAUUAUUGACCAAAUAAAGAAGAGAAAGGAUUACAGAAAGUGAAACAAUUUUGAUUAUACAAAAUUUAAAACCUUUUGCACAAAAACAAUGCAUUUAAAAUUAAUUGGAGGAACAGUUAGCUGAGGUAAAAUCUUUGCAACAAGUUUCUCAGAUAAUGAGCUCAUUUGCAAGAUAUAUAGAUAAUGUAUUCAAAGGCUAAUUUAUUAAUCAGUUAUUAAUUAGUUGAUUAAUAAUUAUUUAAAAUAAUCAUACUUAAUAAAUGGUCAAUUAUCAGAUGAUUAAAUCCAAGUUAUCAUUGUCAUAUAAACAUACAUUGAUUCAUGAAAAAUUAGAAAACUUUACAUUAAUGCAACUUUGUAGUUCCACCUCACCCUAAAGUUGACAAAAAAGAAAAUAACAGAUUUUAGAAGGGUGACAGGAAAAUUCACAUUAAUGUACUUUUGAUGAAAGUGAAUUGCUCCAAUUCUUAUGGAAAGCAAUUUGUAACUCUACCCUAUUACCUCCAGGAUCCAAUAUAACAUUAUUUUGUUUUAUAAAAAUUACAAUUAAAUUUUUUAAAAAGAAUUCUUACCUUCCAUCUUAGAAUCAAUACUGUGUAUUGGUUUCAAGGCAGCAGUAAGGGAUUUAAUUAAAUGAAAUGCCCAGGGUCACACAGCUAGAACUGAGGCAAAAUCUGAACCUAGCACUGUCCCUUCUCAAAGUCUGGCUCUCAAUCCCCUGAACCACCCAGAGGCUCCUCUUUGCUUGGCUUUUAAAGCAUUUCACAACCUGGCCUCCCCUCCAGUAACUCUGGGAUCCAACUACACAGGUCUUUUGCUGUUCCUCACACAUAGUAAUUCAGUGUCUUUCCUGUGGCUGUUCCCCAGCCUUAGAGCACUCUCCUUUCUCCAGUCUCCAUCCCAACUUCCUCCAAGACUCAGAUCAGGUCCUCCUUCUAGAGAGAUUUUCCCUCCCCCAUCGCAAUCCCACGAGUUCCUGCAGAGAUUACUUCGACUUUAACUCAGCUUUAAGGUUUGCCUUACUGUGUCUCCCCAGUGUUUAACACAGUGCCUGUGUUUUAUAAUUGCUUGAUGACUGCCUCACAAGCAGAAUUUGUUGGAGGGAGAGUUUGAAUGCAGCUCCUUCUGAAUCCGAAGUCUGUCUUUUCUAAUUGCUUCAGCAGCAAACAGCAAAAACAGAGCAAAACUAAACCGUUUGGAAAUACAAGGUAACCCCCAACUAAUGUAGCUGAAUAGGCUCUUCUAAGAGGUCUGGGCAGGUAUCAGCGACUAAAUUGUGUGUUUCUGGUUCCCUCCUUCCUAGUUCUUGUUAUUCCUCUUCACAAGAUCCCCGAGACUUCCCUCCCCGCUCCCCUCAGUUCCCCCAUUUUUUUUUCCCGAGGUGUAUGUAGAUGAUCAAUCUGUCAGGUAGCAUUCCAAUGGCCCCGCGCUCUUGCAAUACUGUUUCCCAACAGUCACUAAGCCAGCGUACGGAAUUGACCACACGCUUGAUCGCAGUUUCCAAUCUCUCGACUCCCAAUUCUCAGCUCUUUUAAGCGCCUGGCCAUUGGAAGAUGAGUUACCAGGAUCCAGGGGAAACGGAAAUCAGCACCUUGACUGGCUUUGCUUUGGAGACAGGAGAGAAAGCCAAAGGCACAGGUCAAAUAACUCAACUGCUCCUCAGCCUCUUCACAGCGGUCAAAGACAUCUCUUACGCCGUGCGUAAAGCAGGAAUAGUCCAACUCUACGGCCCCACAAAUGUAACGGUCAAAGAAGUCAAGGAGCUGGAUGUCUUCUCCAAUAACCUGAUUAUUAAUACGCUGAGGUCAUCUUUUGGCACAAGUGUUCUUGUGUCAGAAGGAAGCAAACAUGCCAUAAUAAUAGAACCGGAAAAAAGAGGGAAAUAUGUGGUCUGCUUUGAUCCGCUGGAUGGGACUUCUAACAUUCACUGCCUUGCGCCGGUCGGCACUAUUUUCGUCAUCUAUAGAAGGAAGUCAACUGGUGAACCUUCUCAGGAUGAUGCUCUACAGCCUGGCCGAAAUGCUGUGGUCGCUGGCUACGCUCUAUAUGGCAGUGCCACAAUGAUGGUGGUCGCUAUGGACUGUGGGGUAAAUACCUUUUUGCUGGAUCCAGAUAUUGGUGAAUUCAUUUUAGUCCACAAGAAUGUCCAGAUCAGAAACAAAGGGAACAUCUACAGUAUCAAUGAAGGCUAUACCAAGGACUUUGAGUCUGCUGUCUUAGAGUACCUCCAGUCGAAAAAAUCCCCUCAGGACAAUACAGCUCCCUAUGCUGCAAGGUACAUUGGCUCAUUGGUUGCAGAUGUGCACAGGACCUUGGUGUAUGGAGGAAUAUUUCUGUAUCCACCCAAUGAAAUGUACCCCCAAGGAAAGUUGAGGCUUCUUUAUGAGUGCAACCCUUUAGCCUUCAUCAUAGAAAGAGCUGGGGGACUAGCUACCACAGGAAAGGAGUCAGUCCUGGACAUUGUUCCAACUGACAUCCAUCAGAAAAUACCACUGAUUUUGGGGUCCCCUGAGGAUGUGAAGGAUUUUUUGAAGAUUUAUAAGAAGUAUGAAAAGCCUGUUUGCAAAUGUUGUCCCCACUAAAAAGAAUUUCCAGACAACAAAGAUCACACUUCAUGGGAGUGGUUCUAGGGCUAAGGAAUAACAAAAAAUGGGCUAUUUGCCACUAUCCUUCCAUACCCUACAUGGGGUUUUGAGAAAACUAACCAAAAUGCUAUUCUAUAGUAACACAAAUAGCUAAAAUAUUUCUGGGAUGUGGGAGGGAGAGUAGAAAUAAAUGUUAUUCCUUCAAAAUAAAAAAA